AUGACCUCUGCUGUUCAACAAUUACUUGAUGUUGAUUUUGCAGGCCCCAUUUCCCCAAAAACCUCCCAGCAAGCUAAAGGCUGGCUGCCCAACUUUAUUCGUCCUCUUCCGGCGAAGUUUCAGUCUGACGAUAUUGCGUACCUUGAAGCUAAGGGUGCUUUGACAAUUCCGAGUCAGGGACUUCGCAAGGAACUUAUGAAAAGCUACCUGCAAUUCGUCCAUCCGUACAUGCCGUUGUUAGAAUUGGAUGAUUUUUUACGGACCAUGGCGCGGAAUGAUGGUUCUCUUCGCAUGAGCCUUCUUCUGUUUCAAGCAACUAUGUUUGCUGGGACGGCCUUCAUUUCUAUGAAGCACCUGAUAGAGGCAGGAUACGAAUCAAGAAAGGAGGCCAGGAAAGCUUUCUUUCAACGGGCUAGGCUUUUAUAUGAUUUCGAUUAUGAAGCUGAUCGGAUCUCCUUGGUCCAAUCCCUUUUGCUGAUGACUCACUGGUAUGAAAUGCCGGAUGACCAGAAAGAUACUUGGCAUUGGAUGGGUGUGAGCUUAUCCCUUGGACAUACCAUCGGCCUCCAUCGAGAUCCAUCUACCUCCUGUAUGGACUCUCGACGCCAGAAACUUUGGAAACGUGUUUGGUGGAGUAUCUACACCCGUGACCGACUUAUCGCCCUUGGGAUGCGACGACCCACACGGAUCAAAGACGAAGACUGCAAUGUUCCUAUGCUCACGUUAGACGAUUUUGAUAUCCAGCCUCUCUCCGCGGAAGCUCUACAAAUUGUUGGAGAUUGUGAAUUGGUCCAUAACAUUGAUCAGCAACGACAGCUUGCAUCCAUGUUCGUGGAGAAAUCCAAACUAUGUCUUUGCAUAAGUCAUGUCCUUCGCGCGCAAUAUUCUAUUCUUGGACACAAGUUUGGAGGCACGACAGAGACUACAAUGAUGUUGGUCCCAAAAAAGGCUACAUCGGAAACAUGUGAAGUCCGAAAAUGUGAUCAGGAACUGGAGGCCUGGCUGGCUGAUCUCCCGGAAGCGGCUCAGUAUCGACGCUCUUCAUCACCCAGCUUUGCUAAUGGGGAAGAAGUCCUUCAUAUCCAUCGGGCAUUGCUGAGGAUGAUAUACCUCACAACCUCUAGUGCAUUACAUCGUCCACAAGUUCUUCCACCUACGCCAUUCCCAACGGUUGAAACUGGGCUUCAAGAUCUGUCCCGCAGCAAAGUCCGCUCUGCUGCAAUUGAAAUCACAGAUAUUGCCCAACGCUUGCAUACGAUGGACCUGACACGUUACCUCCCAACCUCUGGAGUCACCGUUCUGCUCCCUGCCGUCAUCAUCCACCUCCUUGAUAUCAAAUCUAAUGACCUCAAUGUUCGAUCCGCCAGUUUGCAUCGCUUUUAUCAGUGUAUGCAGAUCUUGCAAAGACUGAGAGAAAUUUACGCCUCUGCAGACUUCGCAACUUCCUUCCUUGAGGCUGCCAUUCGGAAAGCUGGUAUUCAAGUUACUACUCAGGUUCCUCAAGGGCGACCGGUUCAACCAGGCGCAAUUCGUUUCUCAACCGGACAUGUCGAUACCUUGACCCCGCCUCCAGACAGCAUGACGGAUAAAAUUCCGGACUUCACAUAUCCCUCAGUUACGCCCAAUGUUCACUUCGCACAGGUGGAGAAAAAACCGGAUACUUUUUACACUUCAACUCCACCCCAAUCCGUGGGAAGUGAAAACGGAAGCAUUAACAACAUCCCCCCGGAUUUUUUCUCGGACGAAGCCCAUGUCAACGGUGCUGAGGAUAGUGAUUCGUACCUUGCAGAAUUCAUGAAUCUUGCCCACGAUGCAGACAUCAACCAGAACGACCUCGACGCAUUGAUAAAUUUCGAUGAUACAGGUGCGAACUACUAUGCCAGCGAAGAUGUCGUUAAUGGCAUUGACCCCACAAUUUCGAGCAUGUCAAACGACAACAGCAGCAGAUUCAGCCUUGAUCACAUCGACUGGAUGCAAGACUUUCCUGAGAACAACAACAACCACCACAACAUGGGUACAGACAAUAAUAAUCACAUGCAAAUGGACUCUCAUCAUGGCCAGAACCCGUUGGACUCCGACGACAAAGCUGGGGAACAGGUCGCUACGUCCGACAGAUACUCGAAGCAUGCAUUCGUGGAGAAUGUAGGCGCAAACGCUGCGAGCCCCAUGUCUCCUAACGGAUCCGAGUCAUUUCAACUAAGAGCAAUAAGCAUGCCAAUUGACCUGGGUGUUUACACGGACUGGCUUAUAAUAGGCCCCUAUAGCGCAGCUAACAACACCAACAACAACAACAACAACAACAACAACAACAACAACAACAACAACAACAACAACAACCCCCUUUCCCUUUCCCUUGCCCUCCCCCAAUCUAUGCGCGAAAUGAGGUUGCGACCAUGUUUAUAUAUUAUUCUCUCUCAGUCCUUGGGACUCGGUCUGUUCCAUUUUUACAAUUUUUCUUCCAUAUGCGUUGACAGGCAUAUUUAUUUUACGUACCGUAGCCUUACUUGUAGUUAUUCAUCUCAUUACUUUCCUUUACUCACUUCCUAUUAA